CCGCAAGAAUCAAAAUCUCUGAGAGAUAACCAAGAAACAAGUCUCGAGAAAACAACAAUCAAAAUCAGGGGUUUCUCAAAUUCGUCAAAUCUCGAUAUAUACAGGAAUACGAUUUCAGGUUCAUUCCCUCAAGAUCAAAAUCCCAAUCUUCUCAGUUCUAAAAUUGAGAAGGAAAGGGAUUUAGGGUUCCGAUCUCUCUUUCGCCGCCGAUAUAUCAUUCCGAUCUUAACCGCUCUUUUUUCUUCUUUUUUUCAAAAUUUCACAAGGUUUUAGCCUUUACCUAAUUGUUAAGCCUAGGGUUCCGUCACGAUGAACGACCAAUCGCAGCAGCAGAUGAUGUUGAAGAAUUUGAACCAGAUGAGCCAGCAGCCUCAGAUGAUGAAUCAGGUUCCCUUGAUGAACCAGCCUCAGGUAAUUAACCAGUCUCAGAUUAUGAAUCAGCAGAUGAUGAUGAAUCAGCCUCAGCCUCAGCCUCCGAUGAUGAAUCGAGGCUUCAAGGCUUGGUCUCAACAGCCACCACCUCUGGACCCUAACAUGAAGUUCCUGAACCCUAUGAAACCUAACUACCCUGGACGAAGUAACUGGAAGGGGAAGAAGGUCACUGACAACAAGCGCAAGGACACUAGGAGAAUGGAAAAGCCCAAACCAAGCACCUCCUUCAACAACAGCAGCAGCGUUAGUUACCAACCACCUACUCUGCACGAGUUGCAAUCGCAGAAUCGUGUCAAAGCGCGCAAGUUCUACCCUAACAAGAAGUUCAACACUAGAUUCGCUCCUUAUGCGCCUAGGAACACGACUUCCUAUCUCAUUCGCGCCAAGAAGGCUGGUGGUAUUGCGUCCCUUGUGUCACCGUACCCGGUGACCCCGUCGGUGCUUCCUACGCCGAUAUUGUCUCCGACGAGGGAGGUUUUAGGGGACAUGGCAAAGGAAGAAUGGGGUGUUGAUGGAUAUGGGUCGAUGAAGGGUUUGAUCAGGCUUCGAUCACCCGGGCAUGAGGCAGAUGUUCAUUAUGAUGAAGAGGAAGAGGAUGGUGGGUCGAGUGACAGUGAUCAUGAACAUGUGGAAAUGGAAAGGAGGCUGGACCAUGACUUGAGCCGAUUCGAGAUGAUUUACCCGAAUUACGGGGCUGAACAUAACAAUGUGUUGGAGAAUAGGGUAGAUGAUCAGGAUUCCCAUAUAGCACAACUGGAGGAAGAGAAUUUAAUUCUGAAGGAGCGCAUCUUCCUGAUGGAGAGGGAGCUAGGUGAUCUACGGAGGAGGAUGCUGUCUCUUGAGAGGCAGAACCAAGCCGUGGAAGAUGUCAAUGAGGAGGUGGUGGAGAACGGGUCUGAUAAUGAUAGCGAGGGGGGAUCAGAUGUUCCUGACAUGGGAAUUGACAACAACGAGGAGAUGGUCGAUUCAGUACCGGAAAAUGAGAGAAAUGGAAACACUGAGGCCAAUGUUAAGUUAGAUAAUGAUGGAGUAUCAGAAGCUGAAGACGGAAAUGAUGCUUUUAUGCAGGAGUCUGUUCCUAAUGAGUCAAUUGCAAAGAAGGAUGAGAUCAGAGGUAAUGAAAUGGGGGUUGACUUUGGGUUUAAUGAAGUGAAUAUGGAGAAGGGUGAGCAUGAGGAUGAAGUUGCGACAGAACAGUGUUUGUCAGAUAAAGGUUUAGCCAAAGAAAGUGAUGUUAAAGAGAGUGGUGAAUUUCAAAUGCUGGACAGAAAUGAUGAAUCAAGAACUCAUGAAGCAACAGAUAAAAGUUCAAACGACUUAGAUAGUGAGAAGAAGGAUGAAUGCGAUAAUCAGGUAGUUGGGACAAGCUCAGAGGCUGCUGGAGAUGAUGAUCUGUCUGUCCCACAUUAGGUCAAGUUGUUCCUUGAAUUGGCUUCUGAGAGGGGAAGGCCAGUGUGAAAGAAUUCGACUGCUUUUCAUGCAUACUAUGUUGGUAUUUGCAACCCUCAUAGAUUAGCAUAUUAGUUUUUGUUUUGUCUCCUUUUUUUAAUUUGUAUGAUUUGGUUAAAUGGAAGAUUAGGGAGGAGUAGUGGUUUUGUUCCUUAUGGUCAUAUUACUUGGACAUAGUGACAACAAUAUGGACUAGGAGCUGAGUUUCCUUCCUUUCCCUUUUUCCUUUAGGUUUUGGUUGACUGAAGUCUGUCCAAAAAUAAUAAGAAUGGUCCCUAAGUUUGCAGGUUCCUUUCUGUACGAAGAACUAAUGUGUAUGCCAAAAUGUUCCUAAGAUUAGCAUUUAAAGAACCUGUGAAUUUGGAAGGAGAACUAAUGAUUACCAUGUACUUUUGCUACUUGUAGUUAAUUUCUUGAAAUUUUUUCUCUAA